CCUUAAAAACAAAGAAGCUCAAGGGUAGCACCCAGGCCCUGAGUUCAAGUCCCAGAACAAAAAUAAAAUAAAAAGUAGAGCAGUAAAAGUCACUGAGUAAGUUGCUGCCAGAACACUCCCUCCCCCAAAACAUGGAUGUUUAGACCAGACAAUUCUGAGUAUAGACUCCAAUUUAGUCUGGAGAGAAGCGUCAGAUCACUUCAUACAGUUCCAAUAAGGAUCCAUUCACUUACCUUUCUCUAGGUAAGAAAGCACCACGUAAGGUCCUCUUCAUUGACUCCUGCUAAAUUGCUACAGCUUUUAACUACCUGUGCCCACCUCCACCAGAUCUUUACCACCACCUGACCUGUAGACUGCUGUUUAAAAUAUGUCCCUUACAGUGUUAUUGCUAGAUUGGAUAUCAAAGUGAAAUUCUGCACCCUUUCAUACAUGGCCUCUGCCCUCAAGGCACUCACUGGAGGUGGCAGUGAGACAAAAAUAACCACAAUACACUGGAAUUAGGUUCUCUUUUGCAAGGAUACCCAUAAUUCAGGGGAUGGGCUGUAGAGCCACCCAUCCGCACCUUCUUUCUCUAAAGGAAGCAUUGGUGACACCCAAGCAGGAAGCCAGAGCUCUCACCAGCCCCCGCCUCACUUCUACUAGUCCCCAGGCAAAACAGGAACUAGAAACCCCAGCUUCCUCUUACCUCUGGGCUGUGGCUUAAAAGACAAGGAAAUGGCUGAGGUGUGAAUACAAGACCUGAGUCACUUGGGCUGCAAUCGCCACAUGUCCUCCCCCACUUCCACCCCAAUUCUGAGUUCUUCAGCUCCUAUUUUUUUUUUCUCUGUGGCUUUUGUUCUCUGCCCUUAGAUCCAAUUGUGAUCCAGAGUCCCAGGAAUGACAAGUACCUAUCUCCCAGCCUAGAGUAGAGGUUGCCUUGGGCAAGGGGGAGGUGCUCUGGGCCUGGUGUGGGGAUGCGUCAGGGAGAGACAGGGGAAGAGGAAGUGUCUUGGUCCUGGCCAGAAAGGGCUAAGUGGGUGGGUACAGUCAGUGUCAGCUUUCUGGACUCUUAGAGACCGACAGGAUGGACUUCCUCCGGCAGCAUCUCCCUGGGCUGCAUCAGGCCUUGAGGGGGGCACUGGAUUCACUCAGCACCUUUGUGUCCUACCUCAUAGGAGAUGAGGUCCCCACUGUAGUGAGAGAGGAGCAGACUGCCCAAGUACUGGAGGAGGUGGCUUCUGGAAAACCAGAGAAAAUUCUAGAGGAGGAAGCUUGGGAGGUUGUGGAGGGUCUUAGAGGUAGCCAAAGUGAAGGGGUUGGAGGACUGGGAGGGUCUGGAAGGGUGGGAACGUGCAGGGAGGGAAGCUCAGCUGAACAGACCUGGGGAUGGAGAGCAGGCACCUCCUGUGGGUCCCAAGCAGAGAAGCAGGAAACUGGGGCCUGGGAGGCAGUCAAGGGCCAGGAGCCGAAUGACCCUUUGGAGGUUGGGAAGGAGUCUGAGGCAGUGCCUAAGACUCAACCAGACCGGAGCAGUGGAGCCCCGGAGAACAGCAAGGAAGUCAGUGAGAAGGAAGUGAGUAGAGAGGAGACACCAAGAACCUGGGAACAGAAGGAGGAGGAGGAAGAUGGCUGGGUGACAGAGCAAGGGAUGGCCAGGGGGGUGGAGUCACAGCUGACCUGGCAAGGGAAGCCUGAGCAGAGUGUAGACGCUGAUGGGCCCAAGGUAGCAGAUGGACAGAGAGAUGAGCAGGUAGAGGAGGAAGCAGCUACAGAAACCAAAGGGCUAGGAAUGAAAGAGACUACAAGGGAAGAAAUGGGGGUGAUGGUGGUGUGGAGUGGUGAGAGCUCAAGUGUAUUAGAGAGUACACAGGGUCCAGGGACAGACUCUGAAGACUGGAUAGCCUCAAGUAAUGAGGAGGCUAGGAUAGCCCCAGGCAGGGAGGAAAUGGACUUCUCAGAAGUCCAGGAAGCAGAAUCAAGGCUUGUCUCUGGACAAAGGAGUCCAGAAGUUACUGGAAGAGUUUGGGUCCUAGAGGAGGCCCCCAAGAGAGAUCAGGAGGAGGAAGUAGAUGAGAGAGGAAAUGUUGAAAGAAAUAUUCUCCUUAAACAGACCCAGGCUCUAGGACCUAAGGGAACAGAGGAAGCAGCUGAUGGGCUGACAACAGAAAGAAAGACUGCAGGCCAAAAGCCAGAGGAAGCAGGGGAGGUCUCCGAGGGGGAGGAUGACCUGUGUGGGAAAGAGACAGAUGGGAGGCCAGAUAUAGCAAUCAGCGUUGAGGAAGCCAGUCUGGAGGAGGUGGUACAGGUAGAGGAGACCCAGAGGGAGGAGGGGCAUUAUCAGGACUCAGAUGCUAACCUGGUCCUGUACAAUGAAGCUGUAGAUAAGGCAGAUGUAGAGGCAAUCCCAGAGGCCACAUCUGAGGAGGAGUGCAUAGAGGAGAGGAAUGAGGAGGCUCACAAGAGCCUAAAAGCUUUAGAAGUGAAGGUCACUGAAAACCAGGAGCCUGAGCCAAUGGGAGGCACUCAGACUCCAGUUGGGCAACCAGAGGAAGCACAGAGAGGUGAAGAUGAGCUUGAGAGAGACCCCAUCCUCAGUGAAGAGUGGGUAGAGAGGAGGCUGGAGGCAUAUCCCCAGCACCCAGGGCCUGCAGAUCCUGAGCUACCUGAAGCAGAAACCUGGGAAAACAGGAGUAAGAAAGGCACAGAGAGCAGAAAUGUCCAGGAGGAAAAAGAUGCUGAAGGUGAGGAAGAGGAGGCUGCAAGCCAAGCACUGAAGGCAGAGGCCGAGGGAAAGCCAUUGUCUGAACUGCUAGAGAUCCAGACAUAUGGAACAGAGAAGGGCCAGGCCUCUAUCAUAGAGAACCAGGUGCUAGAAGAAAGAAAAGGAGAUGAGGCAGAGCCAGGCCAGUCACUGACUGAGUCAGAGGCUAGAAAGAGCAAGGCUGAUGAGGUGGAGGCCACAAUGCCAGGAGGGGCAGACAAUGGAGGCUGCAGGCUGGAGAAAGUAAUUCUGAGUCUUCAAGACAGCCAGGACCCAGGGACCAGUUCUUGGGAUGCUGAGGUAAUGGAGGAUGAGGCUGGGGAAGGACCAGUAAAGGAGGCUGAUGUGUCUUGGGAAAAAGCAUUUGAGAGGGGCUGGGAGUCCAAAGGGCAGGAGAAGGUCAUAGAAGGAGAGAAGCAAUGUGAGCAGGAGAUUGGCACAGUGGACUCAGCAGAAGAGCCAACUGGCCAGAGUAGCCACCCAGAGGCUGGUGAGGCCAAGGAGAAAGAACAAGCUGAGGCAGGAGAGUCAACCAUGGCAGAAGGGACUGAGGAGAUGGGUGACACUGGGUCAGGUUCCCAGGAAGCCAGAGCAGAGGAAACUGAAGCCCUGGUACAGGCUGAGGAGCUUCUGGAAGAGGCUGGAGGAGGGCAAGUGAGAGAGCCAAGAGAAGGCAGCGAGGGGCAGUGUGGGGACCACCACCCCGAGGGAGAAGCACAAAAGCUGCCAGGUAUGGAGGAUCAUGUGACUGAAGACCUGACACUGGAGGCCCAGGAGACUGAGCCAGAAGCCCUGGAGAAUGCCCAGGAACAAGAGGGACAGCUGCCACCCCAGGUCUCUGCGGGGGCCGUGCCUGUGCCCUCGGAGACCAUGGAGGCUGUGGAAAGUACCAGAGGCGAUCCUGGUAACGGCUGGAGUGAGGCGCUGCUCCCUGGGUCCCUCUUGGAUGUCUCUGUUCCACGGAGCCGCGUGCUUCUCUCCAGAAGUUCAUCGCAGCGCCGCUCCAGGCCCUCUUUCCGUCGGUCCCUUGUCACUGAGCAGCAGGACGACAUUCCCUGUGCCCAGCCCCAGCCAGGACCAUCCUCUCCUGAACCCAGACCUCUCCAGCUGGAGGAAGCCCCUGAGCCAAGCCCUCCAAAACCCGAAGGGACUCCAGUGCCAGCCAGGAGAAGGCCCGUGGGAGGGUUUGGCAUCGUUCAUCCGGGUAUGAUGCAGGAACUACAAGCCCGACUGGCUCGGCCAAAACCCCAGUGA